UUCCUUUUCACGUACUGUACUCCAUUUCGAUUUAGCAUUAAUUUAAUGAUUUGGAUCAGGUGGGCGACGCUACGCUUAAACCUAAAAUACGCCGCCACAUAAAAACGCACAUUCGCACUCUUACUUUCUCUACCGUAUUCUGGUGCUGAUCUGCUUCUCUCUCUGUCUCCCCGCCGCCGUCACCGACCACCGCCAGCCGCCGCCUAGAGAGAUAGAGCGUGGAACGCUUGGAGAAAAAAAUGCAAGUGCUUGGAUAAGUUGCCGAGUCGUCGAUCGAUCGUAUCGAGGAGUCGAGACUCGAGAUCGUAGUGUGGUCUGUUUGGCUUAAUUCUGGUAUUUAAGUUCUCCGGAUAAUUCGAUCUUUUGUUGGCGAGAUCGUCUUUUUUUUCCCUUUGUCUUUUAUGGCUUCGGAGGACGUGAAGGCUGGCGAAUCGGCGGUGGAGAAGAUUGUAAACCUCGCCGAAGAGGCGAAGCUCGCUAGGGAGGAAAUUAAGCCAACUAGCCACGCCGUCUUAAGUAUCUGCAAGUCUCUCGUCGCUGGAGGUGUUGCUGGUGGCGUGUCACGGACAGCUGUUGCUCCUCUGGAACGUUUAAAAAUAUUGCUACAGGUUCAGAAUCCUCAUAAUAUAAAAUACAAUGGCACAAUUCAAGGCCUAAAAUAUAUCUGGAGAACUGAGGGCUUCAGAGGAUUAUUUAAGGGUAAUGGGACCAACUGUGCACGCAUCAUCCCAAACUCAGCUGUCAAGUUCUUCAGCUAUGAGCAGGCCUCCAAGGGCAUCUUAUGGCUAUAUAGGGAACAAACAGGAAAUGAGGAUGCUCAGCUCACUCCUUUAUUGCGUCUUGGAGCUGGAGCUUGUGCUGGAAUAAUUGCCAUGUCUGCAACCUACCCAAUGGACAUGGUCCGUGGCAGGCUAACUGUCCAAACAGAUAAGUCUCCUUAUCAGUACAGGGGAAUGCUUCAUGCUUUGUCAACUGUGCUCCGCGAGGAAGGUCCACGGGCUUUAUACAAGGGUUGGCUUCCAUCUGUCAUAGGAGUUAUUCCAUAUGUGGGUCUGAACUUUGCUGUCUAUGAAUCUUUGAAAGAUUGGCUGUUGAAAUCUAACCCUCUUGGACUGGUUGAAGAUUCUGAGCUUGGUGUUGUUACAAGGCUGGCAUGUGGGGCUGCUGCAGGGACUAUUGGUCAAACUGUUGCUUACCCUCUUGAUGUUAUUCGCAGAAGAAUGCAAAUGGUGGGUUGGAAAGAUGCUGCAUCUAUUGUAACCGGUGAAGGAAAGGGCAGGGCUGCCCUUGAAUAUACUGGCAUGAUAGAUGCUUUUAGGAAAACUGUUCGGCAUGAGGGUGUGAGAGCAUUGUACAAGGGUCUGGUCCCCAAUUCAGUAAAGGUUGUUCCAUCCAUAGCUAUUGCUUUUGUGACAUACGAGCAAGUUAAGGAGAUAUUGGGGGUUGAGAUCAAAAUAUCGGACUGAUAGAGAGAAGCCACUAAUGUAUCUUCAUUCAACACAAUAAUUUUGCAGGCAAGGAUGAGAGAAACAAUGACAUGGCCUUAGUGUUGUUGCAACUCAUGAUUUAGGAACUGUUCUACCGUGUUCAUAACUUUGUUCUCCAUCUACAACUCUUGUUUUCGUAGGUGUGUAUUGUGGCUCUCAUGCUUGUUGGUGUCAUGAAUAAGUACUCGUGAGGAAUAGUGUAACAAUAAUUGUUUUGGAUGCCUUGAGAGCAAGGCCAUAGAAGCUUUUUCUCUUUUCUUUUUGGAUUUUUCUUAGAAGCUGCCAUUCUUGUCCUUGUGGACUUCUUUCUCUGCUGCGAUGUUUAGAAGUUGCUUGUCAUUGUUUUCUUUUUCGGAAUUGAAACAGUAAUUCACUGAAGAAGCUUAAAUAUGACAGGAACUGCUUUUGUUUUA